UACUUAUUUGUUCGUUCCUAUGAAGUGGGCGUAUGCUUCAGGUGUUCCGUUUUGUAUACGUUCGUUCUUGCAAAUUAUGUUGUUAUUCUGUGUAAUAUUUACAGUAGUUUACUUUCCAUAUCCAAUGGUUAGAUCAGAGAAAUUAUUCCUUUUUGGGUUAGAUGUUCGUGGAAUUUAAGCAAAAGUAAAAAUUCCAUGAUGACUAUUUAAAAUGUGAAAAAUGGACUUCACUAAGAAAAUAAAAUCUCUCGUAAAUUUAAAACAAACUAGUCGCUCUUCCAUUGAUGUCAGAAGUCUGGAUUCGCCUGUUGAAGAGGAAGAAAUAAUUCAUGCAAAGGAAGCAACACUAUCUAAAAGUUGGAAUAAUCCAGAAGUUGAACAAGAUAUCUUGAGCUCCAUAAAAGAGGUUUUUUAUUCAGAUGAAAAUUUUGAUGCAAGCCAAUAUAAACUUAAGGAAAUUUCUGAUGUUCCCGAUAUCAAUGAGAUCCGUGCAGAAGAAGCAAAAUUGAAAUUGCAAUUAGACGUGGUUUCUAAAAAACUAUCAGCACUCAUCUUGCAAAAUCAGACUGCUUUAGCCGAGGAGUUAAACCAUGUCACACAAAUGCAAAAAUCUUUGGAAGAAGCGUGUGGUGUAUGUGUUGAAAGCAGAAGUUUACUUGCUCAAAGCAAGAGAGACUUCACAACUGCUAGCUUAGGAAUAUUGGCUAGCUAUAGAAAGCGAGAAAAAUUGAAGUGCUUGUUACGAUCUCUUUACAUGAUAAAAACUUUGGAAGAAACAGAUGUACGGUUGCGAGAACUAUUGGAAGAAGAAGAUUAUUCUGGUGCCAUACAACUAUGUUUAGAAUGUCAAAAAGCUGCCAGUACAUUCAAGCAUUUUUCUUGCAUUAGUGAGUUGAGCAGCAAACUUCAGGACACUCUUGUGAUGACUGAAGAGCAGUUAGAUGUAGCCCUUUCCAAAGUUUGUUCCAACUUCAAUGAGGGGCAAUAUGAGAAAUUACAAGAAGCAUACAAUUUGCUCGGAAAGACUCAAACUGCUGUUGAUCAGCUGCUGAUGCAUUUUGCCACUGCCAUUCAUAACACAGCCUCCAAGUUGGUCCUAGAAUACACAGAAAAAAAUCAUGAUCAGAAUUUCCAGAAACGUCAAUAUCCUGAUCUCUGCAAGUUAGUAGAACCUGAUAGUUUUACUGCUUGCCUAGAAAAUCUGUGCAAAGCAUUGUGGAACAUCAUGUACAGUUACUGGUGUAUCUUAGAAUGGCAUGAAAUAGAUGAAGCAAAUAAGAAAAGUUUGGAAGAUUCAGGGACCACCACUACUACACCUGAUGAAAGUAUAGACUGCAGCUACAUAAAACAGAAGCUGGAACAUGGCCGUAUCAGAAUUUGGCAGGAUGUCCAACAAAAAGUCAAAGGAUUCCUCCUAGCUUCAGAUCUCUCUUCUUUCAAGUUUGACGAAUUCAUUCAUAUUCUAGCUUUGAUUCAAAGGCUCAUGGAUGUUGGAGAAGAUUUUUGUGGAAGUAGAUCGGAAGAGUUGCAAGAAUCUGUGCGCAAACAAUCCGUCAAUUAUUUUCGAAACUAUCACAGAGGUUUCAUGGAAGAAUUACGCACAUUUCUGGAAAAUGAGAGCUGGGAAAUCUGUCCUGUCCAUUCUGCUUUCUCUGCUGUUCAUUUACAGGAAUUUUAUUUCCUGCGUCACAAUAAAUCAUUUUCCUCUUCGCCUGAGAAGUCUUGCAGUCCAGUGAAGCAUCAGAGUUUCUUCUUAAAAAAUCCCACUAAAAACCCUUUUGAAGAAAGGUUUCAUGAAAAUGAUACUGAGGACAUAUUUUGUUUGAAGGAGAGUGAAACUUUAGAUCGCACCCAUUACAAUUCAGACAGUGAUGACUCUGAAAUCCCAGAUGAGCUUAAAAAAGACUUCAUUGAUGAAAACACAGAAGACAUUCCAAGAAAAAUGCAAUCUAAAGUAAGCAAACACAUUGGGAGUGGAAGGAAAAAACCAGUUCCUAUUCUAACAAAUACUGCAUUGAAUGUUUUGAGAUCAUUUGGAAAGUACAUGCAGAUGAUGAGUGUGUUAAAGCCUAUUGCUUUUGAUGUGUUGCUAUGUAUGACUCACCUAUUUGACUACUAUAUGUAUUCAGUAUAUAUUUUCUUUGCCAAAGAAGUGAGCGAUCUUAAAGAAAAUAUACUCAGUAACAAAUUGAAAACGACUUUGAAAAGGAUAAAGCGAGACAAUUUAGCCUGCGAAAUUGAAACUGCAGAUUCAUUUGAAAGUAACAAUAAGGAUAAAAUUCCUCCACCCAGCCUAUCCCCUGCUGUCAAUUUGGAGAAAGUGGAAGAUCUGUUCGGCUUAGCAGAGAGAGUUGCUGCUGCUGAAUCUCUAGUGUUUCUGGCGGAACAGUUUGAGCUGCUACAUCCAAAUCUUGAGCUGCUCAUUCCAAGCAAUAAAAAGGCGUUUCUUCAACAGUUUUGUUCACAGACAGUCAGCCAAGCUUCAGAGCUCAGACGUCCAAUCUAUGCAGCCGUGAGUGCCAAGACAAUCGAUUACGAUCAAAUCAUCACUCAGAUGUCGGCUGUCAAGUGGGACAUCAGUGAAAUAAUGUCCCAACAUAGCCAAUAUGUGGACAUACUACUGAGGGAAUUGCAGGUGUUCAGCAUGAGACUCUCUGAAGUGAGCAAGAAAGUUCCAAUACCCAAAGAAACGUACGAUCUUCUCUGGGAAUAUUGUAUUAAGUUUUCAAAUCAUUCCUUUAUUGAAGGGUUUUCACAAGCAAAGAAGUGCACAAAUGGUGGUAGAGCCCUAAUGCAGUUGGAUUAUCAGCAGUUUCUUUGCAAAGUGGAGCGACUGACUGAGCUGCAGCCCCUCCCAGGGAAGGAGCUUGUAGAAAGCUACAUCAAAGCCUAUUACAUGUUGGAGCAGAAUCUGGAACAGUGGAUACGUUCACACAAGGAGUACACAAAUAAGCAGUUGAUCAGUUUAGUGAAUUGCAUAACUCAGCUGAAUAAGAAAGGAAGGCAGAGGCUCAUCAGUUUAAUUGAGGAAGGUGACAAAUUAAGAAGGUGACCCAUCUGUAUCAUUUCAUCCACCUGAUUUAAAUGUAAAAUAAAAUAUUGACAUAGCUUGUAAAGGACACUUUAACUCAUCGUCUUGUCUUUACAGCUUUGUUUCACAAGACAUUACCCGGUAAAAAAUUCUUUGUAUUUCCUUGGAAAGCUGAAUGUUCUUUUUUCUUUGAUGAAAUGGGAAAUAAUUUUAUGUUUAUUGAAUAAUUUAAAUUAUCAAAUUGCUUUUCUCUCACAAUGAUAAGUUGAGCAAAUUUUUAUUUAUUCUUUUUUAAUUAGUGGUAUUGAAUGAGUACUUUUUCUUUUUGAAUGGCGGUGGUUUUCUGUGUAAAUGUUGCCCUAAAAUGUUCACUUAUCUAGAUAACUUAUUGUAAUAUAUUUUUAUUUCACUCUUGCAUAGAGCUUAUAUACAUAUUAAAUAAAUUUAUUUUAAGUUGCUUCAAAUAUGUUUAAAAAAUGAUAAAUCUUUUAUUUUAAUUUUGUUUCCAUAAACAUUUCUGUUCACCUUUAUUUGUUUAUUCCAGUUCAGCUGAAUAUUUUUCUUUCCAAUGGGGCUUAAAAAAAUAUUUGGAGAGAGAAAGUGAUUGGUUAAUUGAAUACAAUCUAAUGCGAUACAUGAACAAAACAAAAUGGAAAAACAAAGGCAAUCAGAAAUAGCUAAUAUGGAAAAGUUAUGAAUGUUAAAAAAAAAAUUAUUUCAUUCUACCAUAGUGUUAUGGAAAAACUUUUGGUUCAUUUUCAUGGGUACUAUUUCAGUGAUAAGAGUUUCUCUUGCCGAUAAUUAUCCUGCAAUGGUUGUCUUCCAUAUCAUUCUCUG